GUGUAUAUAUAUUGUAUUCAUGAUCAUUUUGUGUGUUUCAGGUGAUUUUUUUUUUCUUUUUGUAAGCCCUUGUUGGAUUUGUAUGUUCAUGUUUGACUUAUUUGUGACGUGGUGACCUCCAGAAUAGACAAAAAUUAAGUUAAGCAAGAAAACAUAUUCAUAUAUAUUGACGGCGAAAAAAAGAAAGGAUUGCUUUCGCCGACUCCUCGCGAGAGUCCGCUAACGGGAUCACUCGAAAGUCAUUUCGGAGAGGAUCGCCGAGAACCGGAACAUGUCGACGGAAACGGCCCUCUGAGUGGAGGCGAUUCUGCUUAGGUCUCAAGCCACGCGUAACCGUCGGGGCGAUCACGCUGCGCCGUCGCACGCAACGUUAGUUCCCGGGAGUGCUGUCCAGCGGCAAGAAAGCUCGAGGCGAGGCGGGAAACCGUUCGGAAGCCACCGGAGGCUGCGACUCGGAUCCCGAAGGUGCGAAGGGAGUGCCUGCGGCGGAGGGUUCGUGGAGGCGCGUUGAGGCCUCGAUUCGGGAUGACCGUCUGAGCGACCGCACCUCAGCCCGCGAGACAUUCGCCCUCGACCGCAGCCCAGCCCGAGGCCCAGAGCGGCCGGCCCCUGCGGGAGACUCGAGCCGCAAGGCCAUGGGGCCGCGCCCGACGGCCGUGUGAGAGUCGCGGCGGAUGCGUGCGGCGCUGCCCCCCGCCGGUCGCGAUGGAGAAGGUCGAGAAGAAGCUGACGAGGUUCCGCGCGACGCUCAAGACCAAGCGCAAACUGUCGCUGCCCGUGUUCAUCAACCAGUUCCAGCAGCAGUGGGCCGAGCAGCAUGGCGGCGCCGCCCUCGGAAACGGGCACGGGGGCCUGCUGGAGGUGGCCUCCUCGGCGAGCGCCUCCUCCUUCGGGAGCCUCACCUCCAUCCCCCCUGCCGUGGAGAAGGAACCCCUGCGACGCAACACGUCCCCGGGCAACCCCGGGCUGCACGAGCUCAGCCGCGAGCGGCUCUCGUGCGGCGGCUCCGUGUCGAGCUCGGACUCGCCCUACGCCACCAUGAGCCGCAGCGGCAGCCACAAGGGCGGGGCGGCCUUCCCGCACCAGCAGUGUCACGCCAACCUCAUCACCUCGGUGUCCUCCCCCGGAGGAACCACCUUCCUGGUGCCCGGCUCGCCGCCCUACCCCAUCGUCAAGCUGAGUCUGCCAGAUGGGAGCGCGAGUAGGCAAGACUUCAAAUCUGAUUCCAGAAAUUCAAAUAAUAAGAGUCGUGUUUAUUCAAUUGACAUAUAG